AUGAGGCUCGACUGUGGUCUGCUCCUGCUCCUCUGUGUCUCCUCCUCUUUCUGCCAGGACGAGAUUUCUGGAAACAACUCGGGAGAAGAUGUCAGUUAUGUAAGCUCUGCUAUGGACAGUUUGGUAGCUCCUCAUCCAGAGUACCCCCAUGAGCCAACACCACCUCCACAAGGGCCAGAGUUUGAGCGCUUUGGCCCCGCCCCCACACAGGUUACCAUGAUAACAGAGGAAGCCUUCCCAUUCGCUACGACGGCAGAGGCCCACCAAGCCAAAGAAGACCAAGAGACCAUCCAGGUGACGCUGGACUCUUCGGAGGAGCAGUCUGGAGACCUGGAGGAGGGGCCUACAGAGUGUGACUGUGAGAAUGGAGAGCCGGGAUUCGCUGGAUUCAAUGGACCUAAAGGUUUCAGGGGGUUCCAGGGUAAAACUGGAGAGCCCGGUCUGCAGGGACGAGAGGGAUAUAAAGGGACCAAAGGAGUGCAGGGACGCAGAGGAGACCCGGGGCCAGUGGGCGACCCAGGCCUGGAGGGGGAGGAUGGGGGCUCUGGAUUCACUGGAGGAAUGGGCGAACCAGGGCUCCAGGGAGAUCCAGGUGAACGAGGAGAGCUGGGAGUAAAGGGAGACUUGGGAAUGGAAGGGCCUCGUGGAGGAGUGGGAUCUCGAGGAAAAACGGGCACCUCAGGAGACGCAGGAACCCAAGGACCAAAGGGGACCAAAGGUGUCAAGGGCUCUGAUGGACACGAGGGAGAGCAGGGUCCACAGGGGAAAGAGGGACAAAAGGGCCAAAGCGGCGCUCCAGGAUUCAAAGGCGACGUUGGCGACAGAGGAUACAACGGUUAUCCAGGUGAACCCGGUGGUCGAGGAAAGACUGGGGAACAGGGCAGCAGGGGGAAUGAUGGGUUACCAGGCAGCGAUGGAGACCCAGGGGAGGAUGGCCCCAUCGGAGUCCCAGGGCUCAUGGGAGAGCCAGGACCCUUUGGACCAAAGGGAACCAAAGGAGACCGCGGCGUGAAGGGGAGGAGAGGACGAAUUGGAGCUGUGGGUGUUGGAGGAGCUCCAGGAGACGCAGGAGUCCAUGGAAAACCAGGCCCCAAAGGACUGCAGGGGUCAGUGGGAGCAAAAGGUGAAGUGGGACCUGAUGGGGAGAAGGGAGCGACUGGAAAGAAAGGAGUCAAAGGAGCCAAAGGACAGAAGGGAGGAAGAGGUGACCGUGGAGACAAAGGACAGCGUGGUCCUAAAGGUGCAGUGGGUCCAGCUGGAUCUCCAGGACCGGUCGGCCCUCCAGGAGUCCCAGGGCCCAGAGGCGAGCGAGGCCCCAGCGGAGACUCAGGUCCAGGUGGCAAACCAGGGCCCAAGGGGGUGCUCGGAGCUCCGGGCCCCGGUUUGUCAGACGAGCAGAUCCUUCAGCUCUGUAAGGGGGUGGUUGAGGCGCAGUUGUCCCAGUAUGCUGCACCGAUUCGUGCUAAGUGCUCUCAGGGCUGCCCCAUCAACAACCGCACUCUGAUGGGGCCCCCAGGAGCCACUGGACCCCCAGGCAGCAUCGGCAAACAGGGUAAACCUGGUAAAGCUGGAGCUAAAGGAGCAAGAGGAGUUCAGGGCGAUAGAGGACUGGAGGGGCCUAAGGGAGCGGAUGGAGAGACAGGUCUAAAAGGAGCCAAAGGAGCAACCGGUGAACCAGGAACAGGCCUCCCUGGACCCGACGGACCCCAGGGAUUCAGAGGUGACCCAGGCCACACAGCAGAGCCAAAGGAGGGUAUGGAGGGUCCCCGUGGUCCCAGAGGUCACCCCGGGCCGGUGGGUCAAAUCGGGGUCCUGGGAGUCACUGGAGUCCCAGGCUUUUGCGAGGCCCGAGACUGCACCAUCUACGCCCCAGUGAUGAGCAAGGAGCAGGGGCUGGUCAAGUCCCAUACGGCCACCAAGAUCUGAAUG